GCGCCUCAAUUAAUAUUGCACAAUGCGCAUCGCCGAAAUUUUGUUGUUAAUCUCCGCACUCUAUACCUCCGAGGCCGCAAAUGAGUGCGACCUGAGGGCUGUCGAGAAUGGUACUGUCUGCGUAUGCAAUUCUACUUAUUGCGAUACGGUUCCCGAGGUACUAAGCCUGUCCUCUGGCGAAUACCAACUCUAUACGACCAGCAAAGAUAAACUUGGGUUCUACUCGAGCAAUGGAAAGUUUGUGGAGGCGACCGCAGCUUCAAGUACCGUUACCAUUUCGAACCUCAACACCACGUACCAGAAAAUCACUGGUUUUGGAGGUGCCUUUACAGAUGCCGCAGGGAUAAAUGUCGCCAUGCUUCCGGCUGACGCUCAAGAUAAACUAUUAGAGAGCUAUUUCGGCAAAGAUGGCGUCCAGUAUAGUAUGGGUCGGGUUCCCAUUGGCGGUACUGACUUCUCACCUAGAGGUUAUUCAUAUUGCGACACUAAAGAUGAAACUCUGGAGUCGUUUGCUUUGCCAGAGGAGGAUACUAAAUACAAGAUUCCGUACAUCAAAAAGGCUAUUGAGUUGAGGGGGGAAGAUCCUUUCAGGCUGUUUGCGACUGCUUGGUCCUCACCCACAUGGAUGAAAACUACGGACAGUUUCGUAGGCUUGGGACAGCUCAAGGAUGAAUAUUACGGAUUAUGGGCGGAAUAUUACAUCAAAUUUUUCGAAAGUUACAAGCAGGAGAACAUAUCCUUUUGGGGAGUGACUACGCAAAACGAACCUGCCAAUGGAAUACUCGGCUUCCCCAUAAACAACUUGGGAUUUCUGCCUGAUCAAAUGAACAAGUGGAUAUCCGCCAAUCUAGGUCCUAGGAUCAGGAACUCGAGCUUCUCGCAUCUGAAGAUCAUUGCGCAUGAUGAAUCAAGAGGUUCGCUACUAUUCUUUAAUGAGUUCACCUUAUCCAACGACGACGUUGUCAACUAUUUGGAUGGGGUUGGAAUUCACUGGUACUCGGAUAAUGCGAUACCUCCUAGUGCGUUGGAACUGGCGUCUACUAGUAAAAAGGACCUGUUCAAACUUUCCACUGAAGCAUGCACGGGGUUUGCCCAUUUCCUUGAAAUGGAACCAGCAGUGCUAUUAGGAAGUUGGGAGAGGGGUGUCUCUUAUAUCGAAGAUAUUUUGGAGAAUCUAGAAAAUGACGUCGUCGGGUGGAUCGAUUGGAACAUGGUUUUAGACACCGAAGGUGGCCCGACCUGGGUUGGAAACACCGUGGACGCGCCCGUCAUCGCGAACGCCACUGCCGGAGAGUUUUACAAGCAGCCGAUGUUCUAUGGGCUGGGUCAUUUUUCGAAAUUCGUCACCCCGGGUUCUGUCCGAAUUGAUGCCACGACCAAUACCGAUCUCAAAGUUCUGGCAUUUUUGAGACCCGACGAAAAACUGGCACUCAUUUUGUGGAAUAGGGACGACGCAGCUGUGAGCGCGGAAAUUCAGAUUCUUGGAUCGGCAACAUCGCUCGAAGUCCCAGCAUCUUCGCUAAAUACGCUUCUCUACUUUCCCUAAUUGCGGGAAGGUAGUUUACAAUAUGGGCU